AUGUUCAACGCACUGAACCGAUUCAUGUCCCGUCUUGACGGCGACUCGCCGCAUCAACGACGACAAGCGGAAGCAGGGUCAUUCGGCUUCCAAGUGCUCAGAAACACGAACCUCGACCUGUCGAUCGAGCCGUGGUUUGAUUUUAUCGUCGGCAUCAAUGGUCGUCCCAUUGAUAACCCAGAUCCCGCGCUCUUCGCGCAAGAAGUGCGCAAUUGCGCAGGCGGAACUGUCAACCUCGGGCUGUGGAAUGCCAAAGGCCAGCGUACAAAGGAUGUACAUAUCCCCGUUCCCAGCGACACAGCGUCCCUCGGCCUGUCAUUACAAUACGCCCCUCUCGCUCUGGCCGCCAACAUAUGGCAUGUCCUCGACGUAGCCUCCAACUCGCCUGCGGAUCAGGGCUCGCUGCUGCCUUACUCAGACUAUAUCCUUGGCAGCCCCGAAGGCGCUCUUCAUGGUGAGAGCGCAUUGGGCGAGCUGGUGGAGGACUUCAUUGGACGACCACUGCGGCUUUACGUCUACAACAACGAGUACAACGUCACAAGGGAGGUGACGAUUCAGCCAAGCCGCGGAUGGGGAGGCGAGGGCGCGCUGGGGUGCGUCCUGGGCUACGGAGCGCUGCAUAGGCUCCCCGCACCGUUGGACGAGCCGGUGAACGCGCCUGGCGAAAUGAUGUUCGAUGGCGGGAACAGCAACGAAAAGAACGAACCUGCUUUCAACCCGGCCAGUGUACCGUCGCCCGCUCAGGGCGGAGACUACCUGGUGCCAGCGCAGGUGGUGACGCCAGCAAGUGCCCCUCCACGGGGCGGGAAGAAGAAGGACAGGGGUGGGCGGAGUCCGAAUCACCUGAUGGAUGAUUAUUUCAAGGAAGAGGAGGAGAAGAGCCGGGCAGUGGACAACGCGCCACAGAGCAAGACUCCGAGCGGACCUCCGCCACCCAAGGCUGGCGGUGGGCCGCCCAAAGCAGAAGAAGCACAGGCCGAUGAACAAUGA